AUGAAGGUCCUUUGUCUUCAUGGGUACGGAACCAAUCCGGAGGUGAUGCAAUAUCAAUUGUCAGGAUUGAAAAAGCAAGCCGACGUGAGCUGGGAGUUUCAUUAUUUGUCUGGCGAGGUGACCUGUCCUCCUGCCCCAGGCAUCGAAACCAUUUUCCCUGCACCGUAUUUCUGCUACGCUCGCAACUUUGACCCCGAGAGUAUAGGCGCAUCAUAUGCCCUUUUAGAGAAAACAAUAAUCGAACAUGGUCCAUUCGACGGAGUCCUGGGUUUCAGCCAGGGUGCAGCGAUCAUCGCCGGCUACUUGAUUGAGUACGCAAUCACAGAACCAGACGAGCCACUCCCUUUUCAGUUCAUGGUCCUUUUCUCCCCUACUAUACCUCUCUCGGAUAAUUCGGACUACUUGCAAGAACUCUUUGGCUCUCUCGAUCCCAAAGAUGAAGCACGGAUCCACUCUAGUGAAGACGAUCAGAUUGCGCAGCUCUCAGAGCCAGCCCGGUCUGCUAUAUCCACUUUGGUGAAUUUGCUUGACUCGACCGUGUCCAUUACACGCGAGCCACGCAGUUUCUACUUGGAUCAUCCGUUGUCCAAAAUCCCCUGCGUGUUGCACCCAGAGCUAUGCACAGCGCGUUUACCUAUUCCUGCUCUCCAUAUACGUGGAAAGAAUGAUUUCUCUGCAAUCCAAGAUACUAGUAUGUUAAUUCAAUCAUUCUGCAACUCCGGAAAGCAGAGAGUUUUGGAACAUACCGUUGGGCAUGAUAUUCCGCGCGAAGGAUCAGAACUGCGCCAGAUUUUGACGGCAAUGGAAUGGGUCGUUACACAGAGCCAGUUGCCAACAUAUUAA